AUGUCCCAACACAAACUUCCGUUGUCACUAGACACAUACGACUCUCGCAACUCGUUGUCGUCUAACGACUCCAACGAGUCCUUACCUGGCCAGGCAGAACCUUUGGCAUUUCAUGCUCCAACUAAUGACGACGUACAGCUGACUCCACAGAGUCUCCGUUCUAGUGGAUCAUCGUCACGGCUUGCGACAACGCUAGGUGACCUUCGCCGUACGCUAAGUGGGGCCUCGUCUUUUCAGACAGCUCCCAUGUCUCGAGUAUCAACCAGAGCAUCCGGAAGCUACUCCGUUAGGGAGAUUUACGGUGACAUGGGCAACAACGACAUCCAGUUGCGCCGUACAGCCACGCGAACCACCAUCUUGGACUCUUUGGCUCAAAAAGUUGCUCGGUCUAGAGACGCCUAUCGGUCAGAAGACCACGAACUAGCUCUAGAGAAAGAUGACGACCCUUCCAAUUUCUAUGAGAAGUUACCAGAUACUUCAGUUCCCGCUAAGGAUUACGGAGGAGAGUAUACAACCAUAGACCCGGAGUUGGUGACGUGGGAUGGGCCCGAUGACCCCAAUAACCCCAGAAACUGGCCUAAUGGCCAACGAAUGUUCCAGACGUUUUUGGUGUCACUUUAUACGCUUAUUUCACCUAUGUCUUCGUCAAUAUUGUCACCAGCUAUGACUGAAAUUUCUGAGUCGCUCGGAAUCACCAAGCAAGUUAUUCUGUCGCUUUGUGUUUCCAUCAUGGUGUUGGCGUGGGCUAUUGGUCCCUUGAUAAUUGCUCCCAUCUCGGAAUCCGACCGUGUGGGUAGAAAAUCCGUGCUCAACCUCUCCAUUUGGAUUGUUGCCGUUUUCAACCUUGUUUGUGGAUUCGCCAAAACGCCAGCACAGCUCUGUGUAUUUAGGUUUUUGGGUGGCUUGGGUGGAUGUGCAUCUCUUAAUGUCGGUGCUGGAACUUUGGCAGACUUGUGGAACGAUAACGAGCGUCAGUAUGCAAUGGCUGCCUACUCCUUGGGUCCCACAUUAGGUCCAGUUCUUGCACCUAUCAUUUCCAGUUUUAUUGUCACUGGGCUCGAUUGGCACUGGUGCUUCUAUAUUUUGGCCAUUUUCAACUUCAUUGUGGCUGCAGUGGGAACCGUGUUCUUCAAGGAAACAUAUUCGCCUAGAUUAUUGAAAUUGAAGGCCAACAGACUCAGGAAAGAGACCGGAAACUCUCACUUGCAUACUAUCUACGAAAUUGCAGAUGGUGAGACUGCCAUGGAGAAGAUGUUGGUUACUGUGCUGAGACCUAUCUCGCUUAUUAUUGGCCACCCAAUGGUAUUUGGAUUGGGAUCCUUCAUGGCAUUCACCUAUGGGUUCAUGUAUUUGUUCAUUGUGACAUUUCCCUCAGUCUUUAAGGGCACUUAUGGAUUCAGCACUAAUAUCGCAGGUCUCAUGUACAUUCCUUUGGGAUUAGGCUUCCUUAUUGGUACUGUGUUUUGGUCCGUUAUGAUCGAGAACAUAUACAACCGUCUCAAAGCUAAGAAUGGCGGUGUAGCCAAACCAGAGUAUAGAUUGCCUUGCUUGUGUUUCUGUGGAAUUGGCAUUCCUGUGGGGCUUAUAUGGUACGGAUGGUCUGCGCAGAAACAUCUCCAUUGGAUCAUGCCAUGCAUCGGGCUGGCAAUCUUUGCAUUUUCUUUGGUGGCCGUGUUCCAGACCAUUCAGAACUACUUGAUUGAUAUGAACAACCGGUUUGCUGCAUCGUCAGUGGCUGCGGCGGCCGUUUUCCGGUCGUCUUUUGGAUUUUCGUUCCCACUUUUUGCUCCCGCAAUGUAUGAGAAACUUCAUUACGGAUGGGGCAACACAAUGUGUGCAUUCAUUGGUCUUGCAUUAGGACUUCCAUUCCCAUUGUUCUGUUUGGCAUAUGGAGAGAGGUUGAGGAAUUGGGCAAACCGGAGAUUUGACAAGAAGCAGGCUGAGAGAGACCAGAGAAAUUUGGAGAGACUCAAAAAGAUCAACGAGAAGGAAUACAUGAGAAGAGUGGGCGAAAAUGGCACCCUUGAACUGGGAGACAGAGACAGCGAAUUGGAGAGAAGAGAUAGCAAGUUGGACGAGAGAAAUGUCAGCGAGCUGGAGAGAAGAGAUAAGGAGAGUGCCUAG